CAGAAGAACAAAUACUGUUAUCAUACUGCUGAACUGGCACCAAAUAACGUAGGCUAGUCUACUGAACUGUUCGAUCAGAAUUUCUCUUUUCAAGCCUGGGAACGUAUUUUUGCUCUUAAUUUUUGCUAAACUAUCAUUUCAGAAGCUUGUUGAACAAUAAUGUUCAUAGAAGAGCGUAUUCUAACACUUUUCAAAAGGAACUUUCACCACACCUGUACAUACUGGAGUGUGUUCUUCAGUUUUGGACUGUGUAUAGCCUUUCUGGGACCCACCAUAUUGGACUUGCAAUGUCAAACCCAGUCUACACUCAGUCAGAUCACCUGGGUGUUCUUCUCCCAGCAGCUCUGCCUGCUUAUCGGCAGCUCUAUCGGAGGGGUUUUCAAGAAAACGUUGUUAACUGCCCUCAUGGCACUGUUCGUGUCCUCGCUACUCAUCUCAGUCAUAUUCGCCAUCAUCCCGUUCUGUCAUAAUGUGCUGCUGCUGGCUAUUGCCAUGGCUGUGUCCGGUCUGGUCAUGGGCAUCAUCGACACCAUCGCCAACAUCCAGCUGGUAUCCAUUUAUCAGAAGGACUCAGCUGUAUUUCUCCAGGCCCUCCACUUCUUUAUCGGAUUCGGGGCUCUAGUUAGCCCCCUUAUUGCUGAUCCGUUCCUGUCCGAGACGGGCUGUAGGGUGGGGAACGUGACAGAGAACGUGACAGAGAUCAUGCACCACUUCAGGAACACGCUGAGGAACAGUCCCAUUGUGACUCACAACGUGUCCAUGGACCACGUAUCCUCAGAGGGAGAGCCCGAGAGGUCGAUUGUGUCCUAUGCCUUCUGGAUCAUGGCAACAAUCAAUCUGCCUGUGCCAAUUGCAGUGUUAUUCCUGAUGUACCGGGAGCAGUUGAUCCCCUGCUGUCCCAGUACCAACCCUCGUCUGCUGGACAAAGAUGAGCUCGCCAUGGAGAACCAGGGGGCAGAGGGGCCUGACAAAGAACCUAAAGACCUGGAGGAGGGAGGAGGUGAGGGGGGUAUAUUGAGCUGCUGUCAGAAUGUUAACCUGCGUGGCUUGCCUGUGUCCUUCUUUGGGAUUCAUAUCUUUGGUGGAAUGGUAUUGUUCAUGACCGAUGGCAUUGUGGGUGCAUAUGCAGGCUUUGUAUACACAUACGCAGUGUCUCCCCCCAUGUCUCUACCAAAUAAGACUGCGGGGUACCUGGCUAGUAUCUUCUGGGCAGCCAUCACUGCGGGACGUCUGGUGUCCAUCCCUCUCGCCUUUCGCUUCCAGCCUGUACGACUGCUCAUGAUUAAUCUGGCUGGUGUCAUUGUCACAGUGUUGCUGCUGCUCCUGCUCUACACCAACAGUGUGUUUCUGUUUGUUGGGACCACUUUACUGGGCCUGUUCCUCAGCAGCAUCUUCCCCUGUAUGCUGGCUUACACUGAGGACAUCUUAGACUACCAAGGAUGUGCGACCUCAGUUCUAGUAACCAGCGCCGGGAUGGGGGAAAUGGUCAUGCAGGUCCUUGUGGGAUCGAUCAUCCAGAGUGAGGGCAGCUAUAGUUUUCUGCUCUGUGGCAUGAUCAUCGGCUGUAUCGGAUUUGUCCUCUUCUUUGGGCUUCUGUUCUUCCAUCACAGGCACAGGAACUACCUCACUGGAACCUCAGUGAAGUCAGCCAUGGUGAAAGAGCUCCCACCACCACAAGCAACAGUAGAACUAAGUAAAACAGAACCAACGGAGAGCAGCUGAGGAGAUAUGUAGCUGAGGCCAUGAUGUGCCCGACAUUGUCAUUCACCUACAAAACGAUUAGGUAAAGACCAAUCUAUCGAGUAACAGGAGGAGUCAGAGGAGUGAUUAAUAUGUUUAAGUUAUUCAUAAUUUAUUCGACAUCAUAGUCCCUCCUUUAUCCUUCAUGCAUAUGCAGCUACUGUUACUUAUUCCAAUGUCUUAUUCUGAUGUUUUUGAUUUGUAGAUUGACCAUUUCAAACGUGCAAUCUGGAGUUGCUACAUACAUUUUUGGAUCUUUAAGUCUUUGAUGUGUAUCUGGAUUUAUAUCCCUUUUACUGAUUGUCCAAUGUUUUGUGUUCAUGUAGCCAAAAAUGGAGCAGAUAUAUUAUACCAAACUGGCUUUAGAGCCAAAAACUAAGGAAAAACAGCACCCUCUAUUGGUCCUGCUGACGGGUUUUAUAAUAAAUGUUUAAUACUUUUUUUUUGUCUCUAAAGACAGAUUUGUGUAAGUUAUUGUAUGUUAAUUUUUGCUACAUGUUGACAAGAUGUAGGGCAAUCACUGGAAGGGACCCAUUGGGCAUUUCUGAAGAGUCACCCAAGGGGAAAAAACACAUUGGUAUAAUUUAGUCCAAUGCAGUAACAGGUUAGUUGUUGCAUUCAAUUUAAAUUCCAAAUAUCAGCUUUGUUUCACACCAAUGAUUGUAUAAAAAGAAAAUGUCAGAAACAUUCUACAAACUUAAAACAUGGUUCAAACUAUGAUCAAUCAUUAUCUCUCAGCUUUUAACAGAUACAAAAGCGGGGACAGUCAUUUGAUGUUGUUUUAACUGCUGAUUCCAGCUUUAAACCCCCUAUGUGGAUAAUGUUUGUGUAUUUUGAGUUCAAAAAAGGAGUAGUUAUGUUACAUGAUAAUGUGCUUUUUUAAGAAA